AAUACAAGGCAACUUAGAGGGCGAGGCCGAGAGAGGGCGGCGCGGCUGAGAGAGGGCGGCGCGGUGUGUCCUUCGUGGGGCCCCGUAGUGACGGGCCCGAGGUGGUAUUUCUGGGAUCUGAGUGGGACUGAGGCGGCGUGGGCGCCGAGGGCCUCGCGCCGAGGGCCUGCCCGUGGCCGCCAGGACUCUGUGCAGUCACCGCCGGCGCCCGUCUCCCCGGUAACGGUCAGAGGGCUGGGGGUCUCAGUGGCGCCCUGGGCGCGGGAGGUGGAAGUGGAGGUGGAAGCCGCCGCCGCCAUGCCGCCGGACCCGGCUCGAGCCCCGCCCCCCGCCUCAGUGUCCGUGUUUGACCUCGGGCCCGGCGACCCGCUCGUGGAGGGCCUCCGCCUUGUGGAUGGAGCGCAGGACGAGGCCUUGGCCCCGGCCCCGGCCGGUGCAGAGUCCGAGAAGGACGCGGCCCCCAAGGGCCACCCCGAAGUGUCCGACCGGAUGUUUUGCUCGACAUGCGGCCAGUCCUUGCAGAGCCGCCAGGACCAGAGAGAGCACUACAGGUCGGACUGGCAUCGCUUCAACCUGAAGCAGCGGCUCCGAGGCCGGCCUCCCCUGGCCGCCCCCGAGUUUGAAAAGCAGAGCUGUUCGGGAGACCUGUCCAGCAUCUCAGGCUCCGAAGACUCAGACUCGGACCCGGACCCGGACCCGGAGGAGUUGGACAUGCCCGACCCGGGAGGCCGGGAGGCUCCCCGCGCCUUCCACCCCCACCGCGUGCUUUUCUGUAACGCGCAGGGCCAGUUCCUCUCCGCGUACCGGUGCCUCCUGGGGCCUCGGCAGGAGCCCCCAGAGGAGGCAGAGGUGCUGUCCAAGGCCCUGCGGGCCGGGGGGCCUCAGUGCUGCGUGGUGCUCAUGGCUGCAGCAGGCCACUUUGCUGGUGCUGUCUUUAGAGGGAGGGAAGUGGUGGCACAUAAAACUUUCCAUCGCUACACCGUGCGGGCCCGGCGGGGGACGGCCCAGGGGCUGCAGGAUGCCCGCUCUGGACCCACGCGGUCUGCUGGAGCCAGCUUACGGCGCUACAACGAAGCUGCCCUCUACAAGGAGGUGCGCGAGCUGCUGGCGGGGCCAGGAUGGGCAGGGCCACUGGGGGAGGCAGGGACUAUACUGCUUCGAGCCCCCCGAUCUGGCCGGGCUCUCUUCUUCGGGGGCCGUGGAGCACCACUGCAGCGGGGGGAUCCCCGGCUCUGGGAUAUUCCCCUUGCUACCCGUAGACCUACCUUCCGAGAGCUUCAACGUGUACUUCAGGUGCUGGCCAUGGUGCACAUUCAUGGAGAAGACCCAAGGGAAAUGACCAGAUUGGAUUUUCCUCGGACAAACUGGAAAAUGAAAAGUGAAGAAAAAAAGACCCCUAGUCAGGAGAAGAGGCCAAGUGAGGAGGAAGAGGAGGUCUGUGGGUCAAGUGGGUCUGAAAGAGGUAGUACCCCUGUGGAGCUAGAGCUGGUGGAGUUGACCCUGGGAACUCUGGAUCUUCGUGAAUUUGAAUUACUGCCCAAGAGAAGAAGAAGAAGAAGGAAGAAGAAGAACCAGGAGCUUGGGGCUGGGGUAGAGAUGGCUUUACGCUCCCCCCAAGAAAGUGUGCCCUUUCCACAGACUACCCAGGAACCCAAAGUGCCUGUGCAGCCUUCCCAGGAGGCGGCUGAAACCACGAGGCAGCAAGAGCUGUGGGACAUUCUGUGGGCAGCGUGCCGAGCAGGAGACAUUGGACAGCUGCAGCCCCAGCUAGAUGCUCUCCCCUCCAACACAACAGUCCUCUCCCUGCUCAGUGCCCCGUUGGGCUCUGGGGGUUCCACCCUCCUACAUGCAGCAGCUGCAGCCGGCAGAAGCAUGGUAGUCCAACUACUGCUGGAGAAUGGUGCUGACCCCACAGUCAGGGAUUCCUGUGCCCGGCCCCCAUAUGCAGUUGCGGCCGACAAAAUGACACGCAAUGAAUUCCGCAAGUUCAUGGAGAAAAAUCCGGAUGCUCACGAUUACAGCAAGGCCCAAGUCCCAGGGCCCCUGACAGCAGAGAUGGAGGCACAUCGAGCUGCUCGCCGGCGAGAGCACAAGGCAGCCCGGCGACUCCGGGAGGAGCAGCGCCGCAAACAAGAGGAGCAUGAGAAGCGGGAGGAGGAGGAGCGGCAGAGAUUUGCCGCACUUAGCGACCGGGAGAAGAGAGCUCUGGCUGCAGAGCGCAGACUGGCCGCCCAGCUUGGGGCUUCCACCCCUCAGACUUCCAGCUUCCUCAACACGAGGCGCUGUUGGGGUUGUGGGGCCUCUCUCCAGGGCCUGGUCCCCUUUCACUAUCUCGACUUCUCUUUCUGCUCUACACGAUGCCUACAGGAGCACCGAAGGGGGGGAGCACACUCCUGACCUUCCAACAGCCUCCUCAGGCCUAUUGGAGGGAAGGGAUCUCAAAGGAAUGAAGGGGUCAGGCUCCCCCAGCUCCUAUUUCUACCCUUACUCAUACCUCUGCUGUGGUACCAAAGAAUGA